GCUAGUGAACAAAAACUAAAACAGUUAGUGAAUUAUGACUACUGGCAUAUUCGACAAGAUUCGAAAUUAAAAACUAUCGGCUAUGUUUUAUUUAUGGUUCAUAGGAGUUCCUAUGAAGUUAAUUUUAGUUGGUUACAAUCUGAAUUAAAAGAGAAUGGUCAUAUUUUUUAA